CGGUUCCUUCCGUCAUACUGUCGCCAUCCUCAAUAAAGAAGAAAACUGGAACAAGACUGGUACAAAUUUUGAUGGCAAUCAUUUUAAUUUCAUAAUUACUCCAAUAGGAAUAAUUAGACGAAUUACUGUGUCGACAUAUUCUGUCCUGGACCUAUUCCAGCGAUCUAGAGAUAUUAUUGAGGGAUGAGUUCCCCAAUUUCCAGUCUGAACAGCCUCUUUUCCUUCACAAGUCCAGCUGUUAAACGUCUGCUUGGAUGGAAGCAGGGAGAUGAGGAAGAAAAAUGGGCAGAAAAGGCUGUAGACUCUCUUGUGAAAAAGUUGAAGAAGAAAAAGGGUGCACUUGAGGAUUUAGAAAAAGCUCUGAGCAGUCCUGGACAAUCAAGUAAAUGUGUGACCAUCCCCAGGUCUCUGGAUGGUCGACUUCAAGUGUCCCACAGAAAGGGAUUGCCCCAUGUCAUUUACUGCCGUGUGUGGCGCUGGCCUGAUUUACAAAGUCACCAUGAACUGAAACCCCUUGAAUGCUGUGAAUACCCAUUCAGUGCUAAACAGAAAGAAGUGUGCAUAAAUCCUUACCACUACAAACGUGUAGAAAGCCCAGUGCUUCCCCCAGUUCUAGUCCCCAGAUAUAGUGAGUUCCCAGCUGGUUCUCAAUCAAUGCCGCCAUUUCAGCAGGCCCCAGAACCAGCCAUGCCACAGAAUGUCAGCUUUGACCCAAAUGGCUUCCAUCAACCAUCACAAGGGCCACACUCGCCUGCCAGUUCAGGUGGGCCCGGCAGUCCUUACGGAUUACCAGCUGGCACUCCACCACCAGCCUACCAGCCUCAUGAUGAUAACUCCCAGAACAUGAACAUGCAGCAUGCUAACCAGAAUAGAAACCCUGUGAGAGGCCCCCAACAACCGACCCCUAUGGACACCAUGCCUACUCCCACAGGUAUCGGUACCAAAUACCUACAGCCAGUGACAUACCAGGAGCCACAGUACUGGUGUUCCAUUGUGUAUUAUGAGCUGAACAACAGAGUAGGGGAGGCUUUCCAUGCCUCACAGACCAGCAUUGUCGUGGAUGGCUUUACAGACCCCUCAAACAAUGCUGACAGGUUCUGUUUGGGCCUCCUCUCUAAUGUCAACCGCAACUCCACCAUCGAGAAUACUCGCAGGCAUAUAAGUAAAGGAGUCCAUCUGUACUAUGUAGGUGGUGAAGUGUUUGCUGAAUGCUUGAGUGACAGUAGUAUAUUUGUUCAGAGCCGGAACUGUAAUUAUCAUCAUGGCUUUCACCCCACAACAGUGUGCAAGAUACCUCCAGGUUGCAGCUUAAAGAUAUUCAACAACCAGGAAUUUGCAUCUCUUUUGAGUCAGUCAGUCAACCAUGGUUUUGAGGCAGUGUAUGAACUCACAAAAAUGUGUACUAUUCGCAUGAGCUUCGUCAAGGGCUGGGGCGCCGAGUACCAUCGCCAAGAUGUAACUAGCACUCCAUGUUGGAUCGAAAUUCAUCUCAAUGGACCACUACAGUGGUUGGACAAAGUGUUAACCCAAAUGGGCUCUCCCCAUAAUCCAAUUUCUUCUGUGUCCUAAGUGCAUUUUACGCACAUACUGAACCUAGGUCAUACAGAAAAGAGAGAAAAAUCUCCAAAUAAAAUCAACAAAAAGGACUAAUCUCGUCAACUCCUGUUGGAUUGUGAUCUGCAUUUUGUUGCAUAUUCGUAUUUCGUUGUAGAUAUUGAUGUGUGUAAAUGAUUGUGAAUGGUAUGUUCCAGCAAUUGUUUCCCCAUUCAUUGGAAAAAAUUAUGCCCUAAGAUUAUUACUAUAAACAAAGACUUCAAAAAACUUCACAUCCAGAAAGUUUGUGAAAAUAGCAAUUAUUUACUAACACAAGUAGAUAUUGUUUCUAGAGUAAUAAGCAAGUUCUUUUACGACGAUCAUAAGAAUCCUGAUUAUUAGUCAAAUCUGGUAUAAAUGGGGAUUUCAUUAGAGUAUAUAACCAAUGCUGUACAGGCAUAAUUGUUUAAUUGAUAGACAUCAGCUUUUCUGUUGUCACAUUCUGUAAAACAGAUUUAUCAUUCAGUAUAUUAAUGUGUUAGAAAAUUGAAUACCAACAAAUAAGUAACACUGUGUGCUUCAUUUAAUGAAGUACUUUAGAUUUGGAGCUUGCAACCUUUAGAAUGAAGACAAAUUUUGUCAACAUUAAUUAUUUCAUUUGUUAGAUUUCUGAAUAAAAGGUAUCAUUGUCUGAAGAAUAUGUAAUGUUUUAACAAAGCAAUAACUAUGAGAAAAUUGACUCUAUGUAGGUAAAUCUUUGAUAUAUCUGUAUAUUUACUAUCAAUGCCUAUUUGAAUGAUGAAUUUAAUGAGAAGCAAUAAUUGAUGUUUGUUUCCCGACCCCUUUCUCUUUUCUUCAACCAAUAAUAUUCAUCUCUUCUGUAUUCAGGGAGGUUUUUGUAGGUUGUUAUUUUUUUUAAGCAAUUCAGAAACAAUAAUUCAUGCUACCUCUGGAUUGUAAUUACUUGACAAUUCUGGAACACCGAAUGUCAUGCAUGUUAUCAUGCAUGCUGGGACAAUUCAGAAGAUGUCAUAAAAUGAAGUUGAUAAAAUCCCCAUUUUGAAUUUACAUAUUAACAAGAUAUUUUUUAUUCAUUUAUAUUUUAUACUGUCAAUGUUGUACCUGUGAAAGAUUUACACACAGAAAAAAAAACUAGAGUGUUCAGUAGUCUAAUGAAGUUUUCAUCUAAAAUAACAUGGGGUAUGUUUAACAUACACUCUUCUUGAUGAAAAAUUAUAUCCAUGUCUGGAGAGUGCUACACAUGAAGGGGAUCUCGUUUUCUGUGAUGAACUAGGAGGUUCUAAAAGCUGAUAUUGUUGCAAUGCUUAGUGAAAGUUCAGCAAAACAAUUUGAAAUCUAUAGAGUAUAGACAUGAAAUUACACUGUUAUGGAGACCAUUUUAUUUUAUGCAUUCUCCACUUGAAAGAGAGAGCUGUGCUCUCAAAACAUUGUGGAAUAAUUUAAUAAGUUUUUCUAUGCAUAUCUGCUAUUUUUGUUAACAUCUGAUCCAGUCACAAGACACCGAUAUUGCUUUUUCAUUCAUUUGGAUGAAAAACAUCUAGUCUGCUGAAACACAAGGUAGAUUUAUAGUCAAAUUAGCCACUAAAAUCUCAUUGUAUGACUGUUCUGAUAUGAUUUAAAAUGUUAUGGAAAUGUCAUUAAAUGAUGAUUUUGAAGGCAGUCUUGUAUUCACGUGAAUAGUAUGUUAAAAAUACUGAAGUAUUAAAAGUUAUUUGUUUUGUUUGAAAGGAAUUUAACUAAGUUUUAUACUAUAAUAAGAUAUGUUUGAAAUUGAAAUUUCAUUGUAUUGGAACCUUCUACUGUGAAAAUCAAAUGUGUGAUGUGUCUGCUGUAGUAACCGUGAUAAUAUCCAUAAUAGUAUCCCAUUAUCUUUCAAUUUGUAUGCAGGCAGAUUUGUUGCCAGUUAUGGAGUAUCAAAAUAUCACUAUAUUUCGGGCUUCCAGUAAUGUGUUUCCAUGUCUUGCAUGUUGUUAUGAAGGUCUACUUAGGCUAUAUAUGUGUAGUUAAACUUUUCACAUGCACCAUACUUAAGCAUUAUUUGUGUAGUAAUUUUGUCAUGUGUGUUAUGAAACAGGUUUUGCAAUUUUUGUGGUUAUACUUCAGACUGUAUGUGUACACUCGCAGUCAUUAUAAUACCAGAAAUCACUUGAGUCGUCUUCUCUAAUUUAUAGUACAUGUAUUAGGAAUCUUGUCAGGCUUCAGUAGGUAAACAUAUUAAUUGUUAAACACUCAAACUGAAGACCUGAUACGUACCUGAUAUCAUGGAGUUAAUUCUGAUUGAGAAUCUCAAAUAUGUUUGUGUACCGUGUCAUCUUAAACUGCCAGGGUAACAGCAAUGUACAGAUAAACAAGUAGUUCUGUAUAAGAUAUACACUAUCUGGAUUUGUUGUAAACUGUCAUGGAGUAUAGCAACACUUCAAUAAUGUCUUUCUCUUGCAUUCCUAGUUUUUAUAACUUAAGUACUUUAUCCGUACAAAACCUAAGACAAGAAAAGCCAGCUUCAUGAGUGCCAUUUUAAUGUCAAUAUGAUAAUCUGUUUGUUAGUGUUAUGCUAUUAUAAAAAUGGAAAGCUUGGGAUGUGUCAUGUUAAAUGCCUGUAUUUCCUUCCGUGGUAUUAUUAUCAAUAUUGUAACGUUAUUGCUGUUGAUCAGAUAAACAUGGUGUUGUCAUGUCACAUUCUGGUUUUAAAAUGUGACAUAAAUUCAAAUUAUUUUAGGGAGAUAUUCCUUGUCUAAAACUUAUAUCCUGGAUUGCUUCACUGUAAGAGAUUGAUACUAGUUAGGUUAAAUUACUUACAUUUGAAUUAAGAAAAUCAACAUCAAAUUAUAUAUACUGUUUAACUGACACCAGUGUAGUGUCUGACACAAAUCUUCCACAUUUUGUUGACUUUAGACCAAAAUUUUUAUUAAGUCUCUUUUACGAUCUAUUGGAUGUUAAUUGUUGUGUACAGGAAUGUUAACAUAAUUACAUGGCUGAGACAAUCACAUGCUGUAACUACAAACUGCUGUUGUCAUUAAUCAUAGCUGUAUAUCCAAGUGACUAUGUCCUCAUGAUUAGUUUGUCGUUGUUUUGUACAUCAUCAAGUUACACUUGUCUUUGCAUUCUUUAAUUUGUUUGAUUUGUUUAACACUAUGCUAUUUUUAAAGACCUUUUAGUUUAAAAUCAUUGUGAGCUUCUGAUAAAGAUAUAACAAAUCUUCACAAAAAUCAGUUCAAUUAAAAAAAAUACUGAUUUUAAUUAUGAUGCUUUAAGUUAUAAAUCAUUGGCAUAAGGAACAUAAAAGCAAUUCAGCAGUUUUCUUCUUUGUAACUUGUCAAGAAAUACUACAGAAGUGUUCAUCAGGCAGCUUCUUGAUUUCAUUUGAAUUGCUAGGCUAACCUUUCCUGGUAGAACAGAUAAUCUUCUGGUAGAGAACAUAUUGAGUCAGUAUUCUACAUAAACAUGUAACUGUGUUCAUUCUACAUACAAUAACACUGAAAGUGGGUAUGAUAACCAUGCUUUUGUUUGCAUGCUUUUUCGUUCAUUUUUAUUCAGCAUUUCUGUUCCCUGUUUGAAUGAGAAGGAUGAGAUAAACCCUCCUAUAUCGCUGAUUUGUUAUUUUAUUUUUCCUUGUUUUGUCCUACAAAGAAAUGAAGUAUUGGAAAGUAUAAUUUUAGAUAAAAAGUAUCUUAAUGUUGAUAAAUCGUUUUAAAUAGAUAUUUCUUUGUUAUGAAUAUAUUGUCUCUAUUUUUGUUAUGAAUCUGAGAUGCUUUAAUAUGGACCAUGUUCAAUACAAACUAAUCUAUAAUAUACUUGGUAUGCACAAGAUAGAAAUCCAAGAAAUGGAAGAUAAAGGUAUUUGAUAAUUUUUUAUUGAAAAAGAUAAUUAAUUAUUCUUGUGCUUAUGAUAAUUUACAAAAAGAAAAAAGCAAAUAAUCAUAUGAUCAUAGAGAGUGUCUAAUUAAAAGCUAAGUGAAGGUCUUGAAAAUAUGUAUACAAGUUGUGAGUAUGCACAACCACUGAUUGUUUUGACUGUUGAAAAUAACUUUAACAAUUUUUUUUUCAAGAAAUUAGAAUCUCUCCAACUUGCGGUGCUAUAUAAAUUAUCAUUUUUCUGUGUCUAAUGCAGAUGCUGCGCUAAAAUUGAGUAUUUAUUUGACUUCUGUGUUUUAACCUUUAAAUUGAACGUUAACCUAUUGUAAUGAUUAGAGACAACUGCUUCAGUGUAAGCCAUUGAUUGGCCAAGGAAUUUACCGUACAACUGAACUUGUCAAUGUUUAGGAUGACGGCAUUGAUUACCUUGUGUGUAUUAAUGAUAUAUUUUGAACAUGGUCCAUUAUUGUUAUUAAAAACUGUAGAAAUGACUAUUCAUUUCACGUGAUCUGACAAGAGUGCUAAGACCAUGAACUGUGACCAGUUUUGUAAACAGUGCUGGGCAUUGUUUUAUUUGAUAAGCUUUGUUUUGAACAUUGCUUGCUUUUGUUCAAAUGAGAGUAGGUGUCUAAGAAAUAUGAAAACUAAUUCAGUCCUGUUUUCCCCUGAACUUUUUUACAUAACAUUGUUCAAAGGACAAAACAACAACUGUGUUAUUGUGUAUUUUGUACAGGUUGGCUAAGACAACAUUUAGCUUAGAUUUUUUUCUACACUAUUGUAUGAUAUUAUUUCCAUGUAAUAAUAAACUUACAACACACUU